AUGAGGUCUAUCACCAGCUGGCUAUCCAUCGCGGCAGCUUGCACAGCUUGCUUGGCUGACACGGUGUUGAGCGCUGCAACUACGACCUCGCAAGAAGUCGUCAUUGACAAAAUGUGGAGCACCACUUGGAACUAUUCGAAAGUGCAAGAGCUCAGUAAUCCCGGUAUCAAAUUCAGCCCUGGCCCUGCGCUCGCUGCAUCGGUCAACGUCACUGCCGAGCAAUCCUCGGACAGCCAGUCUCACGAUCAGAUCGGCAUUCAGGUUCAAGACAACCAGGUGCACCAGUUGGUCGAUGCUCUCGGCGGAGGUAUCACCGACAGCGUCGCGAUUACUUUGCAAGAGUUCAAGUCCAAGCAUCCGCAGGACUACGAUGAUCUGCUACACCUGCUGUUUGCACAAGAUCAAGCUUGGUUUACGCGCGGUGGAUUGGGCUUAAACAGUGUUCGUGUGCCGUUGGGUGCUUGUGAUUUCGGCGUAUCUCCCUACACAUACGAUGAUACCGAAGAUGGGUCUGCGGAUCCAAAGCUGGAAUUGUUCACCAUCAAGAAAGCGCCAAAGCUGUGGUUGACGCUCAAGGACAUCCUCGCCAUCAAUCCCACGCUCAAGAUCUUUGUCGCUGCAUGGAGCGCUCCCGGAUGGAUGAAGGAGAACGCUGACGCCGCACAGCCUUUGUUCGGAGGCAACCUCAAGCCAGGUAUGGAAGCCGUUUAUGCACAAUACCUGACCAAGUCGAUUGUCGAGAUCAAAAAACAAGAGGGGAUUGAGAUCUAUGCGAUGAGCCCAGCGAAUGAGCCUCAGGUCCCCGCAGUACAGUAUCCGUCCAUGCACCUUUCCGCGAAUCAAUCGAUCCAACUGGGCAAGCUUUUGCGCUCCGGUCUCGACGCGGCUGGAUUCAAUCGUGUCAAACUGCUCGCGUGGGACUUCAACUGGGACAACACCGAUUACCCACUAGAAGUGCUCAACGCCGAUCCUACGCCUUGGGCUGGUAUCGCUUGGCACGGCUACGCUGGUGAGCCUAUCAACCAAAAGGUGAUCACGGAUGCCUUCCCGAACCUGGAUACCUACUUUACCGAAAAAACCGUGGUGACACAGUGGUUCAACGAGCCGUACAAAAACAUGAAGAAUGCAGCGAGGGAAUUGAUCAUUGGCUCGAUCAGGUACUCGAGUCGUAGCUUGAUCUUGUGGAAUCUGGUCUUGAGGAAGGACGAGGACGGGUUCACGACACCGCAUCUGCCGAAAGUUUGCGAGAACUGCAACGCAGCGAUUCUGCUGUUGCCCGAAUCGACAGAUGCUCAUUUCGACCGAGGCGAUCCGAACCACGUCAAGACGGUGGAGGAGGCCAACGGUGGUGCUGCAGCGAAAAAGGACACCGUUGCGCCUGCAGCUGGAUCUCGAAGAAAGCGUAGUCUCGGUCAUCGUGCUGAGACAGACCCAGACUCGCGUCAGUUGGACGCUGCUGGAUCCGACGAAACCGGCUCAGCACAACGCUCGACCGCCGAAUCUGUGGCACCGUCCAAAGUCAUCGAUGCCAAGAAGACCGGUUCGCCGAGCGUCUACGAAUCGGCGCUCUUCAAGCGCACUUCGGAUCUCUCGGUUCUUUCUCACCUGUCCACCGCGAUUCGGCCGGAGGGCGCGUCCAAGUCGUACUCGAAGCGGAUCGGCGUCACCAGCACGGACGAACAGACCGAGCUGGGUGGACGUUUGCUCGCACAGGCCUUUAGGCAGGAUGGAGUCAAGAGCGGUGUUACCAGGUUUUCCAUCGUGCUGUUGAACCAGAACGACCAUUACGAGACAGGUGUUUUCGAGCCAGUUACCGCGGUGAUCGCUUUCAGAGGCAUGACGGCGAAUGUUACCACUGUGCCUGGUCUAUACACGCUCAGCUGGGAGGCUUCGACCAUUCCUCCCUCAGAUGCUUCCACCGAGGCCGACGCCCAGACUGUGCCCGCUUCGCAAAAUGCCGAUACAGACAAGUCGGAUGCGCCUGCGCCAGCCUAG